AUGAAAUCAACAUCAACAAUUAAAAAUGAACUAAUUGCUGUGUGCAAACAAGAAUAUAAAGGAAACACGGCUCAACUGACAAUUCUUCGCGAGUUUGAGCAAGAUUAUUCGCCUGAUCGUGCUCUAUGGUGGUAUACGAGAGAUUCGUUUGUUUAUCGAUUAAUGAACAAGGCACUUCGAAUGCAAAAUAUUGAUCUUCUCUUUCUCUUUCGAUUCUUUAUUCGUGAUCUCGAACAACAACUUGAACAAUAUCGAUGUACAUCUCGGAUCCGUCUUUAUCGAGGUCAAUUGAUGUCAAAUGAUGAAUUGCAGGUAUUGAAAGAUUCGAUUGGACAAUUGAUUUCAGUCAACUCAUUUCUCUCAACGAGCCUUGAUCAACAGCAAGCCCUUCAAUUUCUCGGCGGAUCAUCAACUUCAGAUGGUGUUGAACGAGUAUUAUUCAAAAUCGUUGCUGAUCCUCGGCUUGAGGGCAUCAAGCCAUUUGCAAAUAUCAGUUCGUUCAGUUACUUUUCACAAGAAGAAGAAGUACUCAUUAUGUUGGGCUCGAUUUUUCGACUAGUCGACAUUCAUCAAGACGUUGAACAAGUGUGGAUAAUCGAAAUGAGAUUGUGCAGUAAUCAUGAUAAUGAUUUGAAGUUAGUUGUUGAUCAACUGAAGAAAAAUCAUGGUGAAGGCGAUGCAGAGACAAGUCUUCUUUCAUUAGGUUUUAUAUUGUUGGAUAUGGGAAAAUAUGAUAGCGCUGAGAAGUAUUUUUUUCGUUUUCUAAAUGAACAGUCAAAUGAUUAUCAAGGCAUUGCUCGUUGUUAUUAUGCACUGGGUAAUCUGGCUACGAAGAAAGACGAUUUAGAUUCUAGUCUGGUCUGGCAUUUCAAAUCGCUUGAGAUCAAGCGAGAAAGCUUAAAAUCUGACAACUCUGAACUGCGAAUAGUUACACCAGCAUUGGUAUAG